AUGCAGAUCUGCCCCUCUAGUCAGCACAGUAUCUACACCUUCCUGAUCUCACUAUAUGAGGCAGCUUGCCUGAAACAGGCUGGGUCUGAAGAGGACCUCCCCUGGGGGCUUCUGGGAAAGGGGUCAGUCAUCGAGCCUGGUCUCAUGAAGUCCCUGGAAACGAGGGUGGCUGCUGAAGGGCAGGCCAAGUCCCACCUCCAGAAGCUCUUCCGGAUGAUGGGCAAAGGAAUCGAAGUCGCCACUAACUCUGCUAAGUCAUCCAAAAAGCUACCUCUUCCACAAUUUCGGUGGUGCGGCCCGUCGGCUCCCGGGGCACGGCGGCCCCUCGCCUCUGGGGCGGGAAGGCCGGGCGGAGCGCGCGCCGCCAACCCCUUCCGCUUCCGCCCCACCGCGGCAACCGUGGCGGCAACCAUGGCGGCUUCUUCCCUCAGGCCCAGGCCUGGGACCUGGUGGGCGCCCUGGGGCGGCGGAAACGGACUGGCUGCCUGGGCCCGGGCGCUGGCCACCCCAACCCCUCUGGCCUCCCAAGGGGACAGUCUGUCUGAGAUCCUAGGGAAGGAACCGCACCGGCGCCACCCGGGCAUCCUGCAGCUGCCCCACACUCGACUGCCCCUGGCCCUGGCUGCUGCCGCCCAGCAACUAGUACAGGAGAGUUCAGCACCCAACAUGGAGAAGCAGGUGCAGACGCUGACCAGUUACCUGUGGAGCCGGAAGCUGCCUGUGGAGCCAGGGGAGCUGCGCCAACGGGCUGCGCAGCUGGAGGAAAGACUCAGACAACGCAUGGGGCCGGCCUCAGGGUCAGCCCGAGCAGAAGAGAAGCUGCAGGGAGCAGUGCUGAGCGCCUUGCGCCAAGUCACCUACCACUGGAAGGAGCUGAGCUAUGACGAAGGGCUGAGCCUGGUGUACAUGGCCGCUCGGCUGGAUGGGACCUUCGCAGCCACUUCCAGGGCUUUCCAUGAGAUCCAGAAGCGGCUCCCCGACUUCAAGCCACGCACCCUGCUGGACUUUGGGUCAGGCACCGGCUCGGUCUCUUGGGCAGCACACAGCACCUGGGGCCAGAGCCUGCGGGAGUACUUGUGUGUAGACCGCUCGGCUGCCAUGCUGGCCCUGGCAGAGAGGCUGCUGAAAGGUGGCUCAGACUCUGGGGAGUCCCGAAUCCCAGCGGUUUUCUUCAGACAGUUCCUCCCUGUCUCACCUAAGGUGCAGUUUGAUGUUGUGGUGGCAGCCUUUUCCCUGAGUGAGCUGCCCAGCCUUGCUGCCCGCUCCGAGGUGGUGAGCACUUUGUGGCGCAAAACAGGCCGCUUCCUGGUCCUGGUAGAGAGCGGAACAAAGGCUGGACACCAACUGAUUAUGGCUGCCCGGGACCUAGUCCUGCAGGGCCAAGAGAAGUCUCCCCUGGAUCCUCGGCCUGGCCACGUCUUUGCCCCCUGUCCCCACGACCUGGCCUGUCCCCGUCUCUCUGCCUCCCGGAUCCUGCCCUGCAUCUUUUCCCAAACGUAUUAUCCAACACCCUUUGGCUGGCAGUACCACGGUCAUGGGGAGGAGAAGUUUUCCCUGGUGAUCCUGUCCCGGGACCCCCCACCGGGGAGUCAGCGCUGGCCACGCCUCACCCAGCCUGUCCUCAAGCGCCCGCGCCAUGUGCACUGUCACCUUUGCUGCCCUAAUGGACAACUGGAGCACAUGGUGUUCACAGCCCGCCGGCAUGGCAGAGACCUCUACCGCUGUGCCCGAGCCAGCGCCUGGGGGGACCUCCUGCCUGUGACCACAGCCCCACCGCCUCCGAAGGACCCUCCCCGGUAGCUGACGGUGCCAGCCCCCUCCCCCAGCCCACCCCCCUGCCAGCGAACAAUAAACACACCGAAUGUAAUCUCCCUGCCUCCCCUGGACCUACCUGCCUCUACUCUCACCCCGCCCAGAGCUGGGGAUCCGGCUCUUCCCGAUGCUGCCAGCUCCGGGAGAGGGUAGAGUGGAAACCAAGGCAGCAACAUCUCCCAGAACAGGCCCAACGGGUCUGAGUGCAGCUGGAUGGGUGGUGACGAAAUGGGCACCCUGCUCCACCCCGGCGCCACUCCUUCCCUCCCCCUUCCUCCUGCCCCUUCUCCCCUUUCCCCGCCGUUUAACCUGACCCCAGACCCAGCCACUGCCCAGAGGAGGCCCCAGUAAGCUGGGAGCCAAGCACCUCCCUGCCCAGGGCAGCCCCCGACUCGUCCUUUCCUUGCUCUGAUAAAGCUCUGGUACUUCGAGCCACAGCUGCUUCACCCGCUGGACCAAUAGUCCCUUCUGGGCCCCCUCACCAAUGUCCUGAAAGCUGAGGCUGGGGUGAGGUGACAGGCGGUAGUUGGGGGGGAUGUGGUAAUCCUGAUGCCGUGGCCAAAGGGCUCCUUGUCCCUUGGGUGGCUGGGCUCCAGCUUCCUCCUGGCCUGGCCCUGCCCCUUUUGGGCCUCGCUUUCCCUCCCACCCACAGCCCCCAACUCAACUUCUCCAGCCCCUCCCCUCCAACUCCAAAUUCCUCCUGAGGGAGUAGUUUGGGAGUUAACGGCAUUGAGGUGGGGGUACAGAUCUAGAGGCAGCCCACAGUUCUUUGGGGAGGGUUGGCGUCCCAGGUCCCCGCUUUCCUGGACCUCUCAUCCCCAACACUGGGCCUGUCCGAUGUCUAGCUCCCCACAAUUUCCCAGCUCGGGGAUUAGUCAACAUGAAGAGGCGGCGGCAGUAGCAGCAGCAGCAGCUUGGAGCCGGGCCCUAGCAAUAGCACUGGAGAAAUCCAGUGCAGUUUCUGGUUACACUGAGUG